CUGCACCGGUCCGUCUACUUUGUAUCAUAGCAACAGUGGUCAGGGAAACAGAAACGAUGAGAGAGAAGAGAAACUAAAGCUGGGUACAAGUUAGUCACACGCACGGAGGCAGUGUAUCUACUGUGGCCAAUCGAUCAGGGGACACAAUGGAUGCAAGUUAGUGGAUCAGAAAAUGGAUCAGCCCACAGGCAUAUCACUUGGAGUUUUGUUUCUGGGCCUUAAAAGGGUGGAGAAUGAGGACUGAAGAAGAUAAGAAAUCCAGAGCGGAUGGUCAGGAUUGCUGUCGGCUACACAGGACACACCCCUCCCAAAAGUGACGACGCCGACGCCAACAAUGAGCCGGGCCAGCUGAAGAUCUACCUUCCCAAGAAGCUGCUAGAGUGUCUACCAAAAUGUUCCUCUCUGCCCAAGGAGCGCCACCGCUGGAACACCAACGAGGAGAUUGCUGCAUAUCUCAUCACCUUUGAGAAGCAUGACGAGUGGCUGACUACAUCGCCAAAAACCAGGCCUCAGAAUGGCUCGAUGAUCCUCUACAACCGUAAGAAGGUGAAGUACAGGAAGGAUGGCUACUGCUGGAAGAAACGGAAAGACGGGAAGACCACCCGAGAGGAUCACAUGAAGCUCAAAGUCCAGGGAGUGGAGUGUCUGUAUGGCUGCUACGUCCACUCCUCCAUCAUCCCCACCUUCCAUCGUAGAUGCUAUUGGCUGCUACAGAACCCAGACAUUGUGCUGGUGCACUAUCUGAAUGUACCGGCAGUGGAUGACAGUGGCAAGCCAUGUGGGCCUGUACUUUGCUCCAUCAACACAGACAGGAAGGAGUGGGCCAAGUGGAGCAAGGAGGAGCUCAUUGGACAACUCAAACCCAUGUGUGCUGGGAGCAGCCUGCAUCAGAAAUGUUCCAGCGUCAAGCAGCGCAUCAUCUCAUCCAAACAGGAGUCAGGUGCGGCGGCAGCAGGGGCUGCGGUGGGCACCGGCACGGUCGCGGGCCAGCGGGUGGAGGAAGCGGAUGGAACAGAGGUUCAGAACAGCGACGUGUCAGAGGGCCAGACGGCGCCCAGUCCCGCGGGGGGGAGGGGCCGGGCGGCCGCGGGCGAGAGGAGGAACGGCCGCAUAGCGAAGCCCUCCUUGCUCCCGCAGAGCAGCAUGGAAGUGUCCUCCUCCACCUCCACCAAUCAGGUGGAGGUGCCCGACACCACGCAGAGCUCCCCGCUGUCCAUCGCCAGCGACAUGGCCGACAGCCCGGCGCUGGCGAUCGGCGCCGGGCUGUCGCAGAGCACAGCUGUGUUCAUGUCCGAGGUCACCACGCUGACGGGGGAUUCGGUUUACUCCGCCGGCCACACCCACUUGCUGGCGUCCGCCCACGACAGCGCCGCCGCCGGCAUCCUGCUGGCCGUCGCCCCCGACAACCAGAGGUUUGCGGCGUUUGCCGGCGGCGUGGGCCUCGGGGAGGCGGGCGAGCUGGUCCUGUCCAGCUCGCUGGACUCUGCCGGGGGAGUCAGCCUGCCGGAGACCACCAUGACCUUUGACCCCGACUGCUUCCUCAACAACCCCAAGCAGGGCCAGACGUACGGGGGGGGCGGAGGGAAGAACGAGGGCUGCAACGGGGACGACGGCGGACUCCACUGCUCGUCCAACGGCUUCGUCUACAACCCAGCCCUCGUCAACAACAUCAAGACCGAGACCACAGCUCUGGAGCAGCCGCUGGCUAAUCAAAGUAGUUACGUGGGAGAAGGGACGGGCCUCAGUCCCAGCACCACCCUCGAGCAGAUGGACUUCAGCGCUGUCAUGUCAUCCGCCUGCGUCCCAGGUCUGAGCCAGGCUGCACACCACCCCUCCCCGAGCGUGUUCCUCCAGGCCUCCACCCAGACGGGCCAGCCCCCCCAGCUCCAGAGCAACGGUACCGAGGCGGCCCAGGACUCAGGCGAGGCCCAGGCUUACAUGGGCCUGCCAACAGUGCCAACAGACGCCCCAGUCACCAAUGGGAGUCCACAUACGCACCUCCACCAAGCCAGUACAGACCAGCAGGCCAUGUGUGUGAGACACAGGCAAGAAGCAGCGGUGGGGGCUUUUCCUCUCACGCCACAGGACACCGCGGUCGAGCAGUCGGGCAACAGGGGUCAUCGAGAGGUCGGGGCCUUAGAGAAGGCGUCGGAGAACGGAGGGGAGAUGUUACUCAAGGCCGGGGAUCACCACGAGGCCUACGCGAGCGUGGACACAGAACACUACCUCCAACCCACCGACGGCAACGGAGGGGGAGAGGGGGGCGGAGGGGGCGGCAGGGGGGGGGGAGCCGGGCCGGAGAACGAGAUUCUCUGCAACGGCGUGAGCUUGUCAGGGGCCAGCAGCUCAGUGGUGGCCAGUCCCCAGUCCAUAGCGGCUAGCGCCGCCAUGGAGGGGUCGCUGUACAGCUCCCCCCUCCCCCCGCCCGGCGGCGGGGGGGCGGCGGCCACCGCGGCCGGAGCCGGCGCGGCCAUCAGCCUGGAGGGCUUCGAGGCGUCGUUCGGCACCCAGUUCUCGGACCUCAUCAAUGAUUUCAUCUCAGUGGAGGGGUCGGGGGGCGGAGUGGGGGCCACUGUGACCGGGGUCCUGAUGCCCCAGGAGGGGGCAGCGGGGGAGGACCAGGGCACGGCCACGGGCCACCUGGAGGGCUCCGAGGUGGAGCAGGGGGCCCUGGGACUGCUCCAGGAGAGCGGGAGACUGUUCGGUGUGACAGACUACUCCCCCGAGUGGUCCUAUCCAGAGGGUGGGGUGAAGGUAUUGAUCACAGGCCCGUGGCUGGAGUCCAGCAGCGAGUACAGCUGCCUCUUCGACCACAUCAGCGUCCCCGCGGCCCUCAUCCAGCCUGGCGUGCUGCGCUGCUACUGCCCCGCCCACGACACCGGCCUGGUCAUGCUGCAGGUGGCGAUGGGCGGGGAAGUCAUCUCCUCCUCCGUGGUGUUCGAAUACAAGGCGCGCGACCUCCCGGCGCUGCCGUCGUCUCAGCACGACUGGCUGUCCCUGGACGAUACCCAGUUCAGGAUGUCCAUCUUGGAACGCCUGGAGCAGAUGGAACAGAGGAUGGCUGAGAUAACCAAUCAGAACCCCAGCUCAGAAACCAUGGUAACCAAGGGCGGAGGAGCAGAGGGAGGAGGAGCCACUGAUCAGCAGUCCCAAAUUUCUCCUGAUUCAUUCGAGGGCCGCGUGGUGGUGGUGUGUGAGAAGAUGAUGUCUCAGCCGUGCUGGGCUUCUUCUAAUCAGCUUGUGCACAGUAAGAACUCCAGAGGAAUGACCUUACUGCACCUGGCUGCAGCUCAGGGCUAUGCAGGGCUCAUCCAGACGCUCAUACGCUGGCGCACAAAACAUGCUGACAGUAUUGACCUGGAGCUGGAGGUGGACCCUCUCAAUGUAGACCACUUCUCCUGCACCCCGCUGAUGUGGGCCUGUGCUCUCGGCCAUACUGAUGCAGCGCUAGUGCUUUACCAGUGGGAUCCUAGAGCGCUGGCUAUUCCCGAUUCCCUGGGCCGCUUGCCACUUAACAUUGCCCGAUCCAGGGGCCACACUCGCUUGGCCGAGCUCUUAGAGCAGCUGCAACAGUCUCCUCCAGCUCAGGGCCAGCCUGCUGACACCUGGUUGGACAGGUGGAGAGGGGAAUCGCAGGCCGGCGGCCUGAGCAAGAGCUCCACUCCCACCUCCAGCACCACCUCAGAGCUGAGAAGAGGCAGGACAGAGAGCCAGCAAGAUAUACAGACGCAGAAGUGGAGCCAAGCGGGACACCGAGCCCCAGUAGGAGCCCAAGGAGAACAGGGGGGUCCACCCCCAGCCAAGAGACUCAAACCCAGCCCAGACCCCCAACAACAGCGAGCUAACUCAUCCCCUGGCACCAACACGCUCAAGCCUUUCCUCAACUCCUCAAGUCCUAACUCCCAGCACUAUCUCCUCCCCACCAGCCUGCAAACUCAACCCUCCAACCUCAGCAGUCAGAGCUCACCUCCUGCCAGCUCCGCUCCCAACCGGCCUCAGCUCUCCAGCGCCUCGUUCUCCCACCUGCAGGCCAGGAUAGGGGGAGCCGGAGGGGGCGCCAGGUGGAGUCUGAGGCAGAGUCUGGGGCAGCGAAGCCUUUCCAGGAGGAUUCAAGGAAAAGAGCGACUGGCCAUUCAUCUGCGCCAAAGAGUGCUUUCUGACCGGGGAGAGGAGACUGAGCUGCUGACUUAUCAGGACACAGAGGACCUGCAGAUGGACAUCACCAUGUUAGCUGAUCACAUCAUGGAGGCUUCAACUGCCAGGCUCAAGCAGGAUGCAAUGGAGACAGACUCUGCCAAGGUGGCGCUCAGCAGUGACGUCAGGUUGCUGUCUGGUUACCUCGGUGAGGUGGAGAGGUUCCUAAACUCCAAGCAGCAGACCCCCAGCCUCAGGCCUGACCCCCUCUCAGGGCCCGAGGAUCAGCAGAGUCCUCAGGCUAAGCCAGCCCCGUCCUCCCCCUUUGACCUCUGCGCAGCUAUGGAAGAAGAGAGGUUGAAAACGGACUCGUCCUGUCUGGCCAUGACUGAAGCUGAGCAGAGAGAGCUUCAUGAAACCAUCAGACACGCUCUGCACGCCCUCAGAAAACACAAGGGUCCUAUUCAGGAACAACGUAAAGAGAUUGCAGCAGUGAUUCAGCGCUGCUAUAAGCGAUACAAGCAGUAUGCACUUUAUAAGAGGAUGACCCUGGCAGCCAUCCUGAUCCAGAGUCGUUUCCGGAGUUUCCACGAGCAAAGGAAGUUCCAGCAGAGUCGUAGAGCAGCGGUCCUCAUCCAGCAAUACUACCGCUCGUACAGACACUCCCUCAGCAGUCUCCUAACUAAAAAACAGAACCAGGCUGCGCGUAAAAUCCUGCGGUUCCUGCUCCGAUGCCGCCACAGGGCCAGAGAGCAGAAAAAAACCAGGGGUCCUGAGAGCCCAUCGCCAGGUCCCGCACACAACCCCCUCAGCCUGUGAGCAAUCUAUACACUCUCCCAGCCCUUCUCCUUCGUCUCUCUCUCCUCUCUCCUCCCCAGACCAGCUCCCUCUCCAUCCUCCCACUCCCCUCUCUCCGGUCCCCGCUCUUUCCUUUCUCCCUCCUUCUUUCUCACCUUCUCUCCCCUUUUCUCUCGAGAGAAAAAAGAACUCUUCCCAGACAGACUGAGGACAGGAUAGGUGUCCAUCAUGGCAGCUCAGACAAAUAGACUGCUGGGUAGAGCCCAGGGACCUGGCUCUGCCCACAGCACUGAUCCUCCUCCACAGUUUCACUGGGAGGCCAUCACAUUAACCUCAUGGCAUUCUUUGCACUCUUCAUGGGUAUGUUUCUUUGCAAGAAAAAAAAGCUGACGAUUGGAACGGGAGAACGCGGGGAAGCUACCUGGCGACGGCAUCCCGCUGCUCCACGAACAGGAGCAGCCGGCUCACGAUAAAGGCUACUUUGACAUGCAGAAAAUAUACAAAACCUGUCGCGUUUUGUAUCCAAACAGUAAUCCAUGAAAGAAUAAGAAAACAUAAACCAAAAAACUCACUUCUAUGUUGCAUUUGCAUGCAAAGUCUUUUCGCUUAUUCCUCCUCUCCAUCAUCCUGAAGAGCUAUAGUGGCAAAUCAUUCUGCUGAUUCAGUGUAUCACACGAUCACCAACCACUCUGACUCACAGACUUACAAACCUAUUUAUCAGUCACGAGAUCAAAAGGGGAGGAACUGCACUUGAAUGUAAGAGGGGUAUUGUUCGCUAAAGGUUUGGGCUCUGAAUAACGAUGUCUUAAUUUGUUACAUGGACUUUGUAUGGAGUCGUUCUCAGAGGCAGCACUUUGCUCGCCUGACGUGGUGUGUCCGUGUUUGUUCAAUUCAAUGCAUGUGAUUGAGCCACGAGCUCCUGCAUGCUUGCCAAACUGCUUUCGUGUUGUUUCUUUUGUAUUUUAUGUGUAGUUGUGUCUCACUUACGUCCUCAUCGACUUAUCCUUGCCCUGUGUAAUGUGAACUGUGUAAGGACAAAUGACUCAUUUUGGGUGCUUUUUUUUACUUUAUUUAUUUAAGGGUCUAAUUAUUUAUUUGAUUGGCUCAAGAGUGUUUUCGCUUGAGACUGGUUUUUCCCCCCUUGUGUGGUAAAAAAUGACAUGUUCCAAUGGUUAAAUGUCUCUGUUAGUUUGUUCUUCGCGUGAGCCUCUAAAUCCUAACUGUGGAUUUGAGGAGAGAGUCACAUACCAUUGCCUUGACUUCUUCUUGACUCUGAGAGGUGUCUAUGCUUGCUCUGUACAGGACAUGGGUCCUAUACCUGCCCCUCUACAGGGCACUGGUCCCCAUAUUAGCCCGUACGGGCGAUCAAAUCCAUAUUUUGGACUAUUGCAUUUUCCUGUAUAUAAACUGACGAGGUAAGGGGAUACGAGGACCCUGAAACUUUUUCAUAAGAGGACUGUAUUUAAGAUUAUAAAUUAUUUUACUCCCAUAAUAAGAACUUAAGACAGAGACCUGGGUAUACAGGAUGGCUGUGUUGCUUGUACAUAAUGUAGAUAAUACAAAUGGAGUAAUGUGCAUGAGAAACAGCAAAAAGAACAUGUUAGUGGCUAUGGACUUUGAAAGGAUUUUAACUGCUUCACUUUAAGAGUAUCCAGUAUAAGUGUUACUGAAAAGAACCUUUUGUUAAAGCAUGCAACUGAAAAAUCUAAUGUUAGAUAAUUAUAAGUGGGAAACAAAGUUAGCUGAAACAAUGAUGUUUCAGACAAAACAUUUACACUUUGUGCUUUUGUUUCUUGGCUAGCAAAAAUUAAACCCUUUUUGCCAGUAGUGCCAAUUAUUAUGAAUGCUAUUUUGCCUAACAGUAUGUUAUGUCGGGGAAACCAACACCCAAAAGAUAUCAAUAGGAUCCACAGAGUCAACACACGCAGACAAUAAACAGUAGAAAAGAUCUAGUUCUAGCUCAGCCAUAGACCUACACAUUCUCAAGUUUAUCCAAGGCAGACGUACACGAAGGUGACGAUGGUGAUGAUGCAAGUAUGAAAAAUGAUGCUAAUGGUGAUGAAGAUGAUGAUGAUGAUCGUUUUAAUGUGAAUGCAAUGACUGAUGACCCAACAAAGGGAAGAGGGUGCUACAUUCUUUCCAAUGUGGUUGUGCUUCAGCAACAUACAAGCUUUUAUUAAGACCAUUAAUCACAUCUACAGCAGAUCCAGCCUGGCCUCCAGUCAAAGCUUCCCAUCUUCAAAUUGAAUGUGUCCUCCCCACUUUUUUACAUAUCAUUCAUUUUGCUGUUCUUUUUCUUCUCAUUCUCACUGCCAUUAUUAUACAACGUGUACUUUUGACGUCUGGAAAGCUCUGCUUAGAAAGUGCCUGCUCAAUACCAGAAAAGUGCAAGCUAAUAUCAGGAAAUAACUAUUGUAUUGUCCUCCAAAAGUACCAGUUACCUUUUUAUUUUUCCUAAAUUGUGUGUUAAAAAUGAACUUAGUACAGUGUUGAGCUUGAUCUGACUCUAAGUUUGAAGCUCUAAUUUAUCAGUGGUAUGAAUGAAUGCUCAUGGCCUGGUGGAUGCUAUGUGUUGCUUUAUGAGACCAACCAGUAAAUCCAGUAUCACUUUAUGCCCUACGUGUGUGUGCAUCUCACAGUGUUCGAGGAAGGAAGCCUUAGAGUCGCUAAUAAAAGGCACAGUCACAGAUUUAUCCCAGUGUCCCUGUUGGGAGCAAGAGGAGUGUUUUUGCAUGGACUCACUUUGUCUUUCUUCAAAAAUGCUGCAUUUAAGCAAACGCGUUACCCAGCAGUUUUCCAGAAAACAAAAUAACUGUCAUAUACACUUUGAUUUUGUUCACUCACUCCCGCACGAGCAAGCGCACACACAGACAUAGCGUCGAAAACAAAUGUACACGCUCCCACUAAAAAGCCACACUCUUUCUCUCUGUGCUUAUGUCUUUGGGAACAAUUAAAUCUCUCCCUUAGAUUUUACUCAGGGUUGAAGAACAGGGAGAUUGGUGUGUGGGGCAUAAUGAUUGUUCACACAGAGUUGUUCCACUGGUGACUGUGUACAUUUGUGUAAGCAUAUGUAUGUGUGCAUAUUUGUGUAUGUUUAGUGGUACUCCAAGUUUUUAUUCACUAUUCAGUAUCCACAAAUAUCUAAAUGAUGUUCCUCAUUGACAAACUCCUUCUGCCAGCCUCAUUCUGUGAAGCCACAAAUAUGCUGUGUUUGCUUCCAUGCUGUGUCUUGCAUCACUUUUUCUACAAAGAAGUUUCUCCAAAUCCCACAUUUUAUAAGAUUUUCCUUGGAUAUACGGUAAAUUCAGAGAAACUAAAUAAGUGAAUUUCUAUUUAUACAUUUGCUCUUGUCUUAAAUGCACAAGGUUCUAAAUAAGACAAUUCUUAAAUAAUGCAAAGAGAGGUGACAACCUUGAUUUUCUUGUUGAAAUGUUGAAAGAGACAGCAAAUUUUAAAAGAGUUACAAUCAGAAGAUCUCUAUUAUGUCUGUUUCACGUGUUUUCUGAAUUCCCAUCACACUGAGAGACAGCCACGGUUAGGAGAGUGCUGUCAGGAGCCUUCAUGCUGCGGUAUUACAUAAUACAAACCCCCUCUUAAACUGCCCCUCCUCUCACAUCAGCACAACUGAAGAACACUACUUUGGACUCCUCUAUAUAUUGUGCACACACACAUUCCUACACACACAUUCAACAUCCAAAUGCUUGCACUUAGUAACAUACACACACACGGAGAACUUAACACGCAGAUUGCAGAAAAUCCAUCAGUAUGUUCGUUUUGGGGAGGAUGGUGACUGUAAAAAAAAGAGUAUGUAGUGAAAAAAAUAAAGGUUAAAAAAUAAUAAGAUAUAAUGCCAUAGUAGACCGCAGGUAGACAUGCACAGAGAUGGCCUCUGUUCUCUUGAAUGAAAAUGAAUGGUACAACCUUUCAGGCCUUGUUUUGAGAGGGCGUGGCCAAACACCACAUUGCAUGCUAGAAUGGUAGACCCUUAUAGAUAACCUAUGGCUAGACAUUCUCCUUGCCUUCCUUGCCUUUCACCCUGUCUCCUCUCUCUCUCUCUCUCUCUCUCUCUCUCAUUUCCUGCCGUAUUCCCACCUUGCCUGCUGUUGUGUUCUCCAUGCCUAUCUCAGUCUUUCAUUCUUUUCUGUAGCCUAGUUUUUCUUUGUUUUAUUUUACAAACAUGCAUGCACAAGCAUCACUAAAUUGUUGAUGUUUUUAAAAGAAUAUUUUGUUGCUGAGGCCAUGCAAAGUGUUUUGAAUAUUGCCCUUAUAUGUGGAAAAUGUCUUCUGAAUGCUUUACAUAAUUUCUGCUGUAAAAUGAAAUCAGAAUAAAAAGAAAAUUUGCACUUUAA